AUGUUCAGCUUUUCACCAAUCAAACAGAAAUAAUACUUAAGUGCAUCUAACUAAUUUGAAUAACCAUUAGAUGAUAUGAGUUGUAUAAUAGAAUAUGGCAGUGUUGGAUCUUUAUAUUUAGGAAACAUAGAGUCAGCUUGUAUUUAAUUUUAAUCAACUAUAAUAGCCAGUUUAGAAAACUUGAAAAGACACAAAAUUAAGGGAGUUCUAUCUAUUUGUAUGAAUAAGAUUCCUUUUGAUGUGUAAACAUCCUUAUAACAUUAUUUACACAUUUAUUUGGAAGAUUGUGAGUCUGAAAAUAUAGCAAGACAUUUUGAGAAUUCCAAUUAAUUCAUUGAUAAAGCUAGACAAUCUGGAAAUGUCUUAGUUCAUUGUAUGGCUGGAAUAUCUAGAUCAGCUACUCUUGUUGCAGCUUAUUUAAUGAAGAAAAACAAUAUGAGUGCUUAAGAUGCUAUAAGAUUACUUGAAAGAAAAAGAUGGUAAGUCUAUCCUAAUAAUGGAUUCCUUAGACAAUUAUAAUAAUAUGAAAAAGUAUUAUUAUAAUAAAAUGGAAGAUCUGAUAUCUCUUCUCCUCUUAGAGAUUAAUGGUCUAAGUAAAUAAUAAUAAUUAUAUUUAGAUAAUUUUAAACACCAACUAAGGAUAGUUUAUUUUCUAAUAAAUAUGAUGAAUAACAAUACUCCAGUCAAAAAACUAGACCAUUAGAUGAAAUAUGCUUUGAUAAUUAUAAAAGAAAAUCUGUAGGUUAUGAUGAUUAGCUUAGAAAUUCAGAAACUAAUGAAAAGAAACCUUUUUCUUUAACUGAACAUAGGCCAAGUUCAGCUACAAGAACAUCACCUGAUCUUAUUAAAAAAAAGAAUUUAUUAGCUGAUGCAAGUAAUUUUAUAUUUUAAUUAAUUAUAGUUCAUGGAAAUAAGAAAGAUGGUUUAGCUGCAUUGGCUUUGGAAUUAAAUUCAAUUGAUUGGUAAAGUAAAAAAUUAGAUUUUGAAAGCAAAUAUUCAAAACCAUCCAUUUAAUAAAAUAAUACCAAAUCAUUCUUGACUCCUAAUCGUCCUUUAUAAUUAAAUCAACAUCAAAGUAAAUUGGAUGAAUUACUAAAUUCUUUCAAUAGAAAAUCCAUACUAUGA